AUGUAUAUUCGCAACGUCCUUAUCUCUGGCCUUGCGGCUGCCAGCACAGCCCAGGCCUACGCCAACCAUACAAUUCGGGAAGAAGACUGGACCGUCCCAGCACCAGUACAGGAGAAGCGUACUAUUGCAAAGAUCUUCGGCAUAUUCGACGGCAUUUUCGGUGGCGGCGGCGGCAAGGAACCUGCGCAAGAAUGCCCUGCUGUUUGGACUCAAAUCUCUUCCACCCUCACCCAACAAUUCCUCGGGGACGGCCAAUGCACAGAUGCUGCGCGCGCUGCUAUCCGAUCUUCAUUCCACGACUGCUUCAACGGCGCAUGCGACGGUUCUCUCAUCCUCGCCAACGAGUGCUCGAACAAAGAGAACCGCGGCAUGGAGCGCCUUUGCGGUAACCUUGCCAAUGUCGCCUCCCAAACCAAGGUCGGUGUUGCCGAUCUGAUCCAAUUUGCCGCCGCACAUGCAGUCAAGACAUGUCCUGGAGGACCCACUAUUCCCGUCAAGGUUGGCCGCAAGGACUCCAGCGAGGCGAAUGCUCUCGGCGUUCUACCUAGCGGUCACGCCAAUGCAAAGGACUUGGUCGGACUCUUUGCGCAAAAAGGCUUCUCCCCCUACGACCUCGCCGCUCUCAUCGGCGCCCACACCGCCGCCAAACAACGCUUCACCGACCCUUCAAAAGCCGGCUCUGCCCUCGACUCCACUGUCGGCACCUGGGACAACAAAUACUACUCCGAGACCAUGCGUGGCAGGGCUCCUUUCACACUCCCCUCCGACAAGAGCCUUGCACAGAACCCCCUGACUGCCGGCCCAUUCAUCGCCUUUGCCGCCAGCAAGGGUAUGUGGGACUCAGCAUUCGUAAGCGCAAUGGUCAAGAUGAGCAUGCUUGGUGUUGAGAACAAGGGAGACCUGAUCGACUGCACAAGUGCGCUGCCCGGUGGUAGCAAGAAGAGGGAUGUCAGGAGCCGCAACCUCUUCGACCGCCUCAAGUGGUAG